GUGAGCAUUGGCUUUUACCUCCCGGAUUUGUGCGUCUCCUUUCCCGAGCUGAGGUUGCCAAGUGUAAUGCAUGUCCAAGGAGGCAAGCAGGUAUCUGUCGUUCAAAACGUUACCGCCUGCAGCUCUGUCUCCUUUUAGCAGGACUUAAUGCGAGGCGAGCUACUUGGGCUUCGGGAUGGCCAAUCAGCUGCUGACAGUUAUCUAGUUCAUUCAAGCCUGGCUUGAUUUAGCAGACUUGGUACGCAUGCGCCGCACUGUGGAGCCUACGCCAAUGCAGCUCGCGGAGGAACUGUAAAGAUGGCAAAAGAAAGAGCGACCUUUUUCAACACUUCGGAGCUAGAGCUGUUGAUGCAGUGUUAUGAUGACGAAAAAGAUACAAUCUCCGCCAAAAGCAACACUGCGGCCUCUGCUAAAGCGCGACGUGAAGCCUGGCAAAGGAUCGCGGAUAGAAUUAAUGCCUGCAAUCCGAGGGGGGUGAAAAGAAGUUGGCAACAAGUGAAGACGAAAUACAAGAACAUCGUCCAAAGCGCUAACAGGAAGAUGGAGCACUGGGAGACGGGAGGAGGCUCUGACCCUCCACGAUUAACACUGGCAGAGGAGCUGGCGCUUCACCAUAACUGUGCCAGGCAGAUGAUGGAUGGCAAACCUGAGGGCAGCUCCUCUGAGCAGGUUCGCCCAACUGGUAGAAGUCCUUGUGUUAAAGCCCCUGCAUGCCCUGCCUCCCCUGUGGACCCUCCUGCCCCAAUCCAGGCGCUGGACAAACAGGUUGUUCAUAGGGAAACACGGCCAAAUGAAGUAGGAGAGAGAGGCAUGAAAGAAACCUACAAACGGUAUCUGGAAGAGGAAAUGGAAUAUCGUAAGGUGAAGAGGAGACUGCUCGAAAAGCAGAUGAUAAAGUUAGAUCUGGAAAUACAACUGCUAGAAAAACAGCUGCUAGACAAAUCCUCAUGAUUGGAAUAAAGACUCGUUCCACUUUUUGCCUGAUUUGUGAGAUUGAUUUGGGGUGAAGGUUAGAUUAGUUAAUCUGCCUUAAGUAUAUAGUGGCGGACAACCCUAGGGCAAUAAUGGUAGUAGGUUGCAAAGGAUCAAGGAUGAAUGGUAGGAUGCAUCAGUGAGCCCUUGUGUGUCUUGGAGGGAGAUCAACUUCUGAGGUAUGUAGCAUUAUUAUUUAAAAGCCAAAUUAAAAUAUUUUAUGCCAAUAGAUUGAGUAAUUUACAAGUGGGCACUAGCAUAUUGAGGCACUUGCCCUUAAAGGCUGGGGCACAUGUCACAAUUGUGUUAAUUUUAUCCUCUAAAAGGAAACUGAUAACUACACUGUCAGCCAUCAAUACAUCAGCAUUGCUUUAAUCUGUAUUGUCUUCAGUGCUUGGUCUGCAGUAAUGUUUCUUCAGCCUGGUAAUCAACCUGCUCAAGAAGCAUCCAGGCAUCGAGUACCUUCAACCUGUCAAGGAACCGUGGUUAGAGCUGCUGGCUUGGUCAACAACUGCGUAAGACCACCGUAGUUAGAGAUUCUCUCCCUGUAGUGUCUGCAAAGAGGCAACAUUGCUUUGAAUGGCUAAUGCAAGCUUGGCCAGGAGGAGGUGAUCAGUAAUGGAUGGCGAUGCUCAUAAACCACCAAAUGAAAAAUCUUGAUUGGAAGUUUUCUUUCCUGCUCAUUUUGAAAACAACCUUAAUCCUUCAAAGAACAAGACAUGUUGGUUCUCCAAUGCUUGCAUAAGAGGAAAAAAAAAACCAAAAUAAUGUAAAUUUUAGUUGUCUUGUACCAUGGUAGAGUGCUGCUGCUUCAACCUUGAACAUUUGGGUUCAAAUCCCAUCCUAGUCACUGGGUGAAGCUCAUCAGCAAGGAUUUUCUAAGGGUGUGUAUCCGUAUACUUGUUGAGUAAAGACUGUAGCUUGUCUCAAAGUAAUGUGGGUAUGUGCCUCAGUAUCUUGUGAUGACUCUGUCUAGAGAUAGCUCCCAUGCUUUUUUCUUGAUGCUGCUGGGAUGGGCUUUGACCUCCAUUAAAUGGGCUCAGGCAAUUUAAGGAUGGAUGAUUAUAGAUGUGGUGAUUUAGAAAGAUUUACUAAAAAUCCUUAAGCUUUUCAGUAAAGGCCACAUUGGCUAGUGAAUCAGUGUCACGUUGACUGAUUAAGAAGCACUAAAAACAAGAUUACACAGAUUAUGUCUUGUCUUGCAGAAAAUAUAGUCUUAAAGUAAAAAAUUUAACAGAUACAAUCCAGUCCAUAAUAAUUGCUUUACUUAAACUACAAGCGACGAGAGUUCCAUUUUAAGCAAUUCAGCAAAAUUCCAUCCUGGCCGUAAAACUGAGAGGGCUGUGAUGUGUUAUUUCUUAUUAAAAAGUUUUAGUAUGG